CACUUCUGUGUUUCUUCCCUCUAAAGACAAACACUUGGAUCGCUGAUUCCUCCACCUCGACCGCUGUCUCUACUACACCUAAGCGCCCUCAGAGCACAUCCGCGACAACAUCGUCAAAAUGCAGAUCAAAGUCCGUACCCUCACCGGCAAAGAGAUCGAACUGAACAUCGAGCCCGACGACAGAGUUUCGAAAAUCAAGGAAAAGGUCGAGGAGAAGGAAGGCAUCCCACCCGUCCAACAACGCUUGAUCUUUGGCGGCAAGCAGAUGAACGACGACAAGACCGCAGCAGAAUACAACCUCGAAGGCGGCGCGACUCUACACUUGGUUCUUGCCCUCCGUGGUGGGCAAUCUUCUUGCUGAAAGCAGUCUUUGCUGACGGUGAGAAUUACCUGAAAGAUGAUCUGCCCGCUGCGAUGGCUACGCGCGCAAGAACAGGCUCGAGAAGAGGAGCGACUGCAGACCGAGCGACGGAAGGUCAGAAGGGCAAGACUUCGGAAACAUGUCUAUCGACGAGUGAGGAAAGAGCAAUGGAGGUUGAUCGUGCGAUUGAGCAAAAUUUGAGCUCCUAGCCUGAAGGACGAUGCAUUUGCAACGAGCUAGGAAAUGACUUCCAAGACUUCUCGAUUAGACCUGAGAUACCACGAACAAGACACGAUUAGCGCGCAUGCGCUGAUGAGCAGC